AUGGAAAACUAUAAGAAGACCAAAAUUGUGGAGAAACCUUGUCCUCUUCCUUUCACUGACCUGCCCCCUGACAUUAUUGAAAUGAAAGUGAAGGACGGCAGCAAAAUAAGAAACCUGAUGGGCUACGCCAUUGGCAAGAUGGAGCUGGACUCAGUGAGGCAGAUCCUUUUCACUGGCUCAGGCAAGGCCGUUAGCAAGACCAUUACGUGUGUGGAAAUCAUGAAACGGAGGCUCAAGGAACUCCACCAGAUCACCAAAGUGCUUUUUAAGCAGAUCGAGGAGAUCUGGGAACCCAUUGUGCCUGAGGCAGGCCUCGAUGCCUUGACAGUGAAGAGAAACAUUCCUGCCAUAUGCGUCCUGCUCAGCAAAGAUGCCCUCGAUCCCCAGGAGCCUGGCUAUCAGGCUCCAGGUUCUUUCGAUGCCUUCUGGAUCGAGACACUUAAAGCGGAGUCCCAGGCCCAGAUGAAGAGGAAGCAAGGUGGAGGAAGGGGAGCUGGCAACACAGGAAAGCACCCUCGCGCCACUGGAGGGCACGGGGAGCCCGGCGUGAAGUCCUGAGCCAGAGACACGCUUGGGUAGUUUGGGGGAUUACGGAAACGAGCCAGCUGCUGCAGCUGGAAAGCUGCUGCUGAGCACAGGGCCUUGCGGAGCUGUUAGGGGAGGGCAGGAGCAGUUCCUGUUCCAAACGGACGUAACUGCAGCUGCCUGAAAUCGUGUUGCGACGAGUUUCCGUGUCUGAGGCUGCCAGGCUGUACUCCGUAGCCUGCGGUUCAGGGAUGAGACGGGAAGACAGGAGGCACCUCUCGGAGCGAGGACCGUUGGCGUCUUGUUGAGCCCAGGCGAGUGGCUGUUCGCCGAGCGGGGAUGCUGCGAGGUGGAGGCGGCUCUGCUGUGGCACAGGGGCGAGCUGUGACCCGACUUGGACUGCCGGCUGCCGCCUGCACAGCUCCUGUGCGUGCACGGCGCGGUGCUGGGCUGUGUCGGCCACUUGAGCUGUGCCUGGCAGGCCGUCUUCUGCCGAUCCCUUCAGGUGGCCCAGGGGCCUGAAUGCAGGACUGCAGGGACACUGCGUGCAAGUCGUCCUUUUCUGUCCUCCUCUCACCUCUUCCCUGCAGCUGCCGGUUGCACCUCUGCCAAAGUGGCAAGGGUCAACUCGUGUUGUAACUGGCCUGAAGUCCUCUAGGCCAGGGUGAACGUGCUGGGGUGGCGGUAACGGUGAGCUCCCAAGGACUCGUUUCCCCUUUCUGCUCCUUUCUGAUGCAUUGUGCUGGUCUUAAAUAAAGUUUCCUUUUGAUGUA